UCCAGCUGCUUGCGGUCCCAAACAACCGGGUGCGCCGCCAGCGCUCUCCGUCAAUUGGCCCUUGGCUUUUUCCGUUUCCGCCCAGCCCUCCACAGUCCACCAAUCAGCUUGUGCGUUUGGGUAAGGGGCCACCUCCGAGGCCGACGCUUCGGUUCCUCUGCCUCCUCCGGCUGCUGCCUCCGCUGCUGCCUCCUCCUUCCCCACCUCCUCCGUCAGGCGGGCGUCUGCGGGGGCCCGAGGGGCGGCGGCGGCAGCGGCGGCAGCGACAUGGAGCCGGAGGCCGGCGACCGAAGCAGUGCUGGCAGGCACAGGGCCGGGCCCCCGAGCACUCCGCCGCCCCGGGAGCAGGAGCGGAAGCUGGAGCAAGAGAAGCUCUCCGGGGUGGUGAAGAGCGUCCACCGGAGGCUUCGCAAGAAGUACCGGGAAGUGGGAGAUUUUGAUAAGAUCUGGCGAGAACAUUGUGAGGAUGAGGAAACACUUUGUGAAUAUGCUGUUGCAAUGAAAAAUUUGGCAGAUAACCAUUGGGCAAAAACUUGUGAGGGCGAAGGUCGUAUUGAAUGGUGUUGUAGUGUAUGCAGAGAAUAUUUCCAAAAUGGUGGAAAGAGAAAAGCACUUGAAAAGGAUGAAAAAAGAGCUGUACUCGCCACUAAGACCACUCCAGCCUUAAGUACACAUGAGUCUUCUAAACUUGAAGGUCAUUUAACCAACCUCAGCUUUACAAACCCUGAAUUUAUAACUGAGUUGCUACAGACCUCAGGAAAGAUCAGAUUACUUGAUGUUGGCAGCUGCUUUAACCCAUUUCUGAAGUUUGAAGAAUUUCUAACUGUUGGCAUAGAUAUUGUACCUGCUGUAGAGAGUGUAUAUAAAUGUGACUUCCUGAACUUGCAGCUUCAGCAGCCACUCCAGCUUGCACAGGAUGCUAUAGAUGCCUUUUUAAAGCAGCUGAAAAACCCUAUUGAUGCUCUUCCUGGAGAACUUUUCCAUGUGGUUGUUUUCUCUCUCCUUCUUUCUUAUUUUCCUUCACCUUACCAACGAUGGAUUUGCUGCAAGAAAGCCCAUGAACUGUUAGUGUUAAAUGGUUUAUUGCUUAUCAUCACACCUGAUUCCUCCCAUCAGAACCGUCAUGCUAUGAUGAUGAAAAGCUGGAAGAUUGCUAUAGAGUCCCUGGGCUUUAAACGUUUCAAGUAUUCAAAGUUUUCACAUAUGCAUUUGAUGGCAUUUAGAAAAAUCUCCCUAAAGACCACAAGUGACUUGGUUAGUAGGAACUACCCAGGGAUGUUAUAUAUUCCUCAAGAUUUCAACAGUAUAGAAGAGGAGGAAUAUUCUAACCCUUCCUGCUACGUUCGAUCAGAUAUAGAAGAUGAACAACUAGCAUAUGGUUUCACAGAGCUCCCUGAUGCUCCAUAUGACUCAGAUUCUGGAGAAAGUCAAGCCAGCUCUAUUCCUUUCUAUGAGCUAGAAGAUCCCAUAUUACUUUUAAGUUAAUAUCAAAGUAAAAGGCCCUUUCAGUCCAGACUCCUAAACUAAUUGCUUACACUAAUCAGAAAUACUAACAUGAACUCAGUACUUAAAACCUGGUUUGCAUAGAAAAAAUGCAAAGGUUUACAGAGUUUGCUAUUUUUUUCUACUUCUGGAUUUUAAAAUUUAUUCUUAUAUAGAAAGCUUAAAGUUUCAUGCAGAGUGACUCCUGUCAUAGCAGAAACCACUGUUACUUUAGCAUUUAGCACUAAGAUAUCAUAGAAAGGUACCUUUUUUUCUUUAGUGCUAUUGUGAAAAAUGAAGCAUAACUUGCUAUGUAUUUUCCCUUUUUUAAUCUUCUCAGUGUUGACUUUAAACCAUUGCAAUGAGAAAAGAUAUGUAGAGAGCUGUAGCUUGCACUUUGAUGACUCACAAGUUAAAUGUGACACAGAUAGAUUGGUUUAGUUGUUUUGUGAUGCACUUACUCUCUUUUCUAGCUAAAUUGUUAUCUGUUACAGAAAGCCAUUUUCUGUUCAGUUUUGUCUGAUGACCAGCAUUUCUUCAACUUUUUAGAAUUCAUCUUUUUUUUUUUUUCUCUCUCUUGCUCAUUUGGCAGCAGACACUUGGGGAAAGAUUUCUAAUCUUUCUAGUCCCCCAAGUAUUUCUAAUCCCCCAAGUAUUCUAAUUCCAUUAGUACAAGACAAUAAACACCAUUGCCAAAGUAGAAUGAUAUGUUCAUAUCUUUCAUAUUGAUUUAGGCCUUGGUGUUAAGUGUAUCUAACUGUGAUAAUUCACUCUUUUUUUAAUUUAGGUUUCAUUUCCAGAAUUUUCUAUUUAAGCAAGGGGCAAUACUCAAUCCUGACCUGAAACACCUUGGUGAAAGGGUUUGCACUUGUCAGAGUUUAUGUUCUGUCUAGACCAACCAUGUUAGGGUCCUCACCUUUCCAUUAAGGAGGUGGCUGCACUACUAGUCUGGAAUUACAUAGAAAAAUUUUAAAUUAACCCUCUGCUAGUGAGCUCAUAACAUGGUUUUGACCUUUCGGUAUUCUAAUUUCUAUCAGAAGUCUAGCAGAAAAUUUUCUUUGAAUACAUAAACCAUUAGUUGGCUGUGGGAAUUUUCCCUUUCCACAAUAAGUGACUUUCUGUGUUUCUGAAUCAGAAGCAAGUGAUUAAGGAGAAAAUUAUGUCCAAACAAGACAAGAUUAGUUUAAAUAGCUGAGAACAUUUAGUCCACAUUGUCUUGUCAGCCAGCAAUUGUCAUGUAAACUAUCAUUUUUAAGAGUGCCACUGUGUGGAUUUUUUUUCAAGUGGUUGAUACAUUAAAAUUACCUCAUACUGAGGUUUUUGCACUGAAAUAUCACAGUUUCAGAAUUCAUGGUUAAUGUUGUGUGUGUGUGUAUGUUUGUGUGUGUGUGUGUGUGUGUGUGUGUGUGUGUGUGUGUGUGUAUUUUUAAAGGAAACUUGCAUUUUCAAUAGUUGAUCCUAAAUUUCAUAAACUGCACUUCUUUGGUAAAACUGACGUUUUGUGCUUAUUGUGAGUUGCCGUAGUUAACUUUGAAUGUCAAACUUUAUUUAGAAAUACAAAAUUUACCAUUUAAGAUAUAAAUGAUUGCGUAUAUAUGCCCAAUAUUUCAAAUUAAAUUUCACAUUCUAAAUUAAUGAAAGUUACAGGAUUGUAAUUAACCUACAAAGGUCAGUUGACUAAAUGUAAUAUCGAUUACUCAAAUAUGUGAGAAAUAACAUGAAAUGUUUCAUUUACUUUCAAUAGCUUAAGAGUCAAUAAUUAGGAUUGACUUUUCUUUCCAAUUAAGCACUAUGAGUCACAUCUUGUAGCUCCCACAAAAGAAGGAAAAAAAAAAAAAAAACAGCGUUAAGGUAACACAAAACUGUGUUUUGGUAGUACCUCUUUUACCUUACUGCCCAUUUCCUUUGGUUUGGCUAAAUACUAUCUUAAGGGCAAAGAAAACAAUGCAUCUCAUUAAAGUGCUUUGAAAGUAAAUGACAACAUUGGUUUUGAGAGGCUGGUGUAAGUAUGACCUUGGAGUCAGCCUUUGUGUUACAGCUAAAAUGUUGGUGCUAUAAAUUCCUCUGAUUGUUUACAGAUGUUGAUUCUGCUUAUGCUCCAAAGUGUGCAUGAUGUAUUUUAAGUAGUACUUUAAAGAAAAGUCUGUUUAUAAAACCUACUCCCACUUAGUAUAAAUUUGUUUGGAUUUAUAAAUAUCAUUUGUUACUGUAAAUUCAGCUUCAAAUUAGGUUGGUACAGAAUUUAAACUAAUACAUUUUCCACCAAAGCCAAUUAACGUUUAAGUGUUAAAAUAUAAGCAGUCCUGCGGCUUGCUGCCAGAUUGUAUAUGUAAUGAGAGGAGACGUUAACAGAGCCUUCUAAUACUGUAUUGGUACUCCCAAGAAUGAUUUCAUUUGGAUCCAAGUUUUAAGGGGUCUCCUGUCUCACAACAGGAGUCUCCAAAAGAAUUUGGAGUUUCAAAAAUAAAUGAUCAUUUGGUUAGAUUCUUCAGGAUCAUGACUAGAUCAAAAGUGGUUUAUAUCAUAGUUGCCAAACAGUGGGAGGUGGCAUACCUGAAAAAUGUAUGUUUGUGUUUGUUGUAUUUUUUCACUUUUUGUGAACAAAGCACAUUUAUUAAAAAUUUUAAAUUUUCUAAUAUUCAUUGUGUACUGCUUGUAACCUGAAAAUUUUGUGGUCUUUGACCCAUCUUACUAAAUGAUUUUGGAAUUGGGAUGCAGUUUAGAAUCUGAAUCACAUCUGGAAUUUUCCAGCUGCAUUCAUCUACCCAAAUUUCUUAAUUCCAUAAAUUCAUUCACCAAGAUCCAGAAAGUUAAUUGACUACCAGAUUGAUAAGCAGCAUGACAAUACAUGACAAACAAGUAUUAACAAGCGUAAAUUCUAGUUCAUUUUAUGUCUACUUUCCUUGAAAAUUAAUGAUUAUAUGAGAGAGAAGUGUAUUAGGUAUUUUAGUGCAGCAAAUGGCUUUCUCAUGAGAUCAAACAGUUCUUUAUGGAACAAAUGUUUGAAAUCUACUACACAGUAUGCUGAGGAAACAUCAGGAUUGGGGUGGUCACAGUCCCCUGUUUCUGUGGAAUUUAUGAUCUAAUGGAGAAGAAAAGCAUUCUACAUGGGGUUAAUACCUCCAUCUAGGAAUGAUUGCCUACUGAUAAAUCUUUGACCCUGCUCAAGUCCCUUAAUUUGUUUACCAAAAAUGGAACAAAAUACAAGAAAGUUUUAAACACAACUGUAUAACAAAUUACAAACACAAUGCAGAUAAGAGGGCUAUAUUGUUCAUCUCUCUAGAAAAGUGCAAGCUACAAACCAAUUCUCUGAUGGUAAAAGGCAGGUAAAAAAAAGGGGGGGGGGAAUCAAGCUUUUACUUCAUUUCCCCACAUUUUUCUGAGCACAGUGCUGCAAUGGUAUUCCUCUUCAAGGGCCCACACACUAACAUUUGGUUCCUUUUAGGUGUUACAAAUUGUUAAAUGAUAGCAAAGGUGGAGACAAAAUUUUCUUAAUUACUAGUCCAAAACACAAUGUUUUUACAAAGAAUGUUCAUAUUAUGAAAAUUUGAUAUUUAACUUCAGUAACCUCCAUGAUGGUUCACAAUAAAAAUUUCAUAUCCACAAUCCACUACCAAUGAAAAUUUCCCCAAGAUUAUUAGCGGUGGCCUAUGUUACACAAUACUCCAUAAAAAAGCUACAAUAGCUAACAAUUUCAUUAAGGAACUCUAAAUAUUAUAGAAGGAAGGAAAUAUUGGGUUUUCUAAGUCCUAUUUUUCUUAUUGGAGGAAUUCAUAACUACAUAAUUGAGAAGACUUUAUCCUAAACUUUGAUUCGAAUGUUUUAUCAUCCUAAAUUUAACAAUGAGUUCAGUAGUUUUGUAUGCAUUUUUUCAACUAGAAAUCUAGUUACAUCUGGCACUGUUGAGUGGUAACUUUUGGUCAACAUCAGCAGUGUUCGACUUACUUUGUAUUUCCGUAACACUUGUUCAAUGAAUAGAAAGCUUUUCUGCUUUUUGCAAUAUAAAAUACUGGUUAUUAAUGUCACUGAUGUUUAUAGUAAUCAGAAACAUUGACAACUAUUUUGUCAUAGAUUUUAACUAUUUCUAAGAUUGGAUCCUUUGGUAGUACCAAGAUCAUACAUAUUUGUGUGUUUCCUAAAUUAAAGUAAAAUCCAAAGAAUUCGGUCAUAGAUACUGGCUGCAGAUUUGUUUCUUGAAUUUGUUAUAAAUAAUUAGAGGGCUAUAAAACAAAUUUGUUACUAUUACUAGAUUAGAAUGCCCAUGUAAACCAUAAAAAAUGGUACUGAGCCUUGCUCAAAAGACAAUGCCAAUAGUAUUUCCUAAACCCAGGCCUAUAUGCAGCUCUUUAGGGAGAAAAGCCAGGCGAAUAUACUUGCAUACUUUAAUU